CAAAAUUAGUCAAAACAAAUCGGAAAUCGUGUGAAAAUUUAAGCUUUAAAUAAACAGAUAUAGCAAAAAUGGGCCUUUUCGGUAAAUCCCCAGAGCGCAACCCUAAAGAAAUGGUAAAUGAAUGGUCGCAUAAACUUCGUAAAGAAGGAUACAAUUUGGACAGACAAGUUAGAGCUAUCCAAAGAGAAGAAGAAAAAAUUAAACGAUCACUGAAAGAAGCAGCUACUAAAAACGAUAAACAAGUAUGCACUAUACUAGCAAAAGAAAUCAUCAGAUCCAGGAAAGCAAUCAAUAAAAUAUACACAAGUAAAGCACAUCUCAACUCAGUACAGUUACAAAUGAAGAAUCAAUUGGCUACCUUGAGAGUUGCUGGAUCAUUGCAGAAGUCAACAGAGGUGAUGCAAGCAAUGCAAGCUCUGUUACGUCUCCCAGAAGUAGCGGCUACGAUGCAGGAGCUGAGCAAGGAAAUGAUGAAAGCUGGUAUCAUAGAGGAGAUGCUGGACGAAACCAUGUCCGGGAUGGAAGAUGAAGAGGAAAUGGAAGAAGCAGCGCAAAGUGAAGUUGAUAAGGUUCUAUGGGAAUUAACGCAAGGAAAAUUAGGAGAAGCGCCGGCACCGCCUACGUCUGUCGGAGCACCGUCCACCAGUCAACAAGAAGAGGAACCAGUCCCGGAGCCUGACGAAAGCGAACUAGACGAAAUGCAGUCUAGAUUGGAAUCAUUGCGGUCUUAGAGUUGAACAGAGUUUAUGAGAGAGACUCUAAAGAAGUAUUACUUUAUUUGGUGGCUUCAUGGCUCGAAUGGAGAUUAACAGAUGCCUUACAAAAUAAUUUUGUAAAUAAAUCUUAUUGAUUUUGAUUCUAAUUGUUGUAUGUAUUGUAUUAAGUUUUUAUUUAUAUUAAAAGUUAUCUUUAACAAAA